CGAUGGAGGGGCAACUUUUUGCCAUACAAUUCUUCCAGUUGAACACACCAACUUGUUUCACCUAACCGCUACAAACCCACAACUACUACGAACCCUGACGACAUUUUCGAGACUGCGUUUGUUCCAGAUCGACUUGAUCCCAGAUUGCAGCCGAUACGAUCCUUUCCCUCGUCCAUUCACACGUUCUCUACUCCGUAGCCCAUUUCCGUCCCGCAAUCCCGCAAUCCGGCGCCAUGGCGAGCGACGGCAGGGCGGACGACCCCGUCAAGAUCCAGAUCCUCAAGGAUGCUCUGUACGAGGAAAUGAGGCAACAUGGUUCCGAAUCACGCCCUUUCUCACAAAAAGACCUCCUCGACCUGAACAUCAUCCCCAAUGGCAACCUCGAGCUCCUCCUCCAGGUCGUACAACGGCUAUGCGACGACAAGCUCUUGGUCGGUAUAACAAACCAUCAUGCUGGGAUGGCAUGGAGGUGGCGUAGCAGGGAGGAAGCAAAGAAGUACACGACCUUGCCCAACGACGAGACCGUCAUGGUGUACUCGAUAAUCGACGAGGCCGGCGCCGACGGCAUAUGGAACCGGACGAUCAAGAACAAGCUCAACAUGCACGAGGCCGUUGUCAAGAACUGUAUCAAGUUCCUCGAGUCCAAAGGCUACAUUGCGAGCAUGAAAAAUGUCGAGCACCCGAACAAGAAGAUGUACAUCAAGGCCAACCUCCGCCCUUCCGAACGCGCGACCGGCGGACCGUGGUUCACAGAAGGCGAGCUCGACACGGCCUUCAUCACCGAACUGGAGGGCAUCGUGUUCGAGUACAUCAAGACCAAGAGCGCAUACCGGGGCUCUCAACCACUUCCGGGGGGCGCCGCAGGCGGCGGAACCACCAAGACCCCGAAGAAGGGUGCCGUCACCGCGGGCGAGACGACGACGACGACCACCACCACCACGGCCCGCGGCACAAAACGGUCCGCGACCGAGAUCUCCACCGACGACGCCUCCGCGCCCUCGGGAAGAGGCGCCGGCGGCGCCGGCGGCACGCAGACCAAAUCCCGCACCGUCUUCCUGCCCAUGCCCGCCGGGUACAAGCACUACCCGACCGUGGCCGAGAUCGCAAAGUUCAUCCACGACACGGGCAUCACCAACAACACGACCCUCGGCGAGGCCGACAUCCAGCAGCUCGUCGACGUCCUGACCUACGACGGCCUGGUCGAGAUGGUGCGCGUCGGCCGCCGCCGCGGCUACCGCGUCGCGCGCGCCGCCAAGCAGGACACGGUGCCCUUCCACAAGCGCCAGAAGGAGCGCGAGGCCGGCAUCGGCCUCGACCGCCCCCUCGUCGUGGGCGCCGAGCCGCUCAGCAACGGCCUGACCGAGGCCCCCUGCGGCCGCUGUCCCGUCUUUGAUCUGUGCGAGGAAGGAGGGCCGGUCAGCCCGAGUAACUGUGUGUACUUUCUGCAGUGGCUGGAGCUCGAAGAUCUGCCCAAGGCGGCGGCGCCGCCGAAUGUGGCCGUUCACCCAUGAACAACCGGGCUUGGCUGCUGCAAGGGGAGGGGUGUGAGGCUGCUGCAAGGGAAGGAGGGGAGGGCCGGGAAGAGACCCCAUUGGGGAAAAGACAAGGUAGGACGGUGCGAAUUGACGAAGAGCCACGGUUGUUGAUGC